AGAACUUUGUUACAUUGGCUGCUCCCUCUCCAGGAAAUGUUUCGUAAAGGCCACGAAGCUCGCAUCGAACACGAAAACGAAAUAUAUUACAGUGGAUCCUCAAACAUAUCCAUACCAUUUGAUCAAGAGACUCUAGGCGGACAUGUAACAUUUGCGGAAUUUGAUGCUAUUUUUUCCAGACCUCUAAACGUUUGAAACGUAUAAAGACACAGGUCCAUCCAUCCGUCCAUCCUUCGGAUGUAUGCAAUACUCAGCGUCCCACCUGUAGCCUUAUCCUGUGUUUAUGUGUAUCGUGCACUUUUUCCUUGCAUCGUUUUAUAUACCCCAUGCUUUGAUACGGUGAUAUUAGCUGUAUAUUGGUGCUCCUGCGUACUGGCGCACAACCGUUGCACGAAUGUAAUAAAGCUAGCUGGACACA